UGAACUGUCAUUUUUUAAUAAAAGCUUGUUUGAGUGUUGGAAUAAAGAAUUAUUAUUGUCAUCAUUUAACGAUAUUCACAAUGGAUAAUGCUGAAGAGAUAUUUCAUUUUCUUGAGGAAUUUUCAAAACGUAAACAAAAAACAAUACCACAAGAACUAAAUGAUUACUUAGCUUAUGUGGCGCGUACCGGUGACCCAGUCUAUCAAUGGUCUCUGGUGAAGAGCUUGUUCAAGGAAAAAUUGCUUAAUGUUAUAACUGAUUUCUACGACACCACACCAGGUAUAGAUAUUCCUCCGUACCCUAAUGUUGACCCUUUUAAUUAUGAUAUCAUGAAAAAUAGUUUGUUGGAGAGACUGGACUCGUUUACUUCCGCACCGUUCACAGUACAAAGGAUUUGUGAGCUCCUCACUUAUCCCCGUAAGCAAUAUAACCGAGUUGAUAAGUUUAUGAGAGCCAUAGAAAAAAACAUUUUAGUUGUCAGUACAAGAGAACCGGGUUUUCAGCGUCUUCCAGAACCAGAAAAUGGCGAACCAAUGGAGGCAAUAGUUAAUGGAUCAGAUAACAACUCAGAAUAUAAUGUUGAUGUUGAAAUGGAAGACAUGUCGUGGAAAGAUAAUCCUGCUAAGCAGACCUCAGAACCUCAGCCAGGAUCAUCCGAUGCUCAUAUUUCAGUUGAUGACAUAGAAGCACGAUUGCAUGCCAAGCAAGAAACUUCCCUCACACAAGAUAAAGCUGUUACUCAAUAUGAAUCAGUUACUCCACCUGAAUUAAACAUUACUGAAAAUAUAGAAGACCCUGAACAAAAACCUAAAGAAACUGCCUCCCAGAUACCAUCAACUAGUGAAGAUGUAAAAAAUAACAAUAGCUCUGAAGAAUCACCUGAAACAAAAAUGGAUGUAGAAAUGAAAGGUGAUGUUUUGGAACCAGUUAUCAUUCCUGAAAUCAAGGUUGAUGAUGCUGAAACUACGGAACAAAAACUAUGUGAAGAAUCAAAUUUAACUAAGAAUGUUGAACCAGAUACACAAAAGGAGAGUAUUGCUCCAACUGAAAUAACUGAUAUACCAGCUGAUGAAAGUAGCUCAGAUUCUACUAAAGCUGUUGAGUCUAAAAAUACUACAGAAUUAUCAUCUAGUGAAGAGAGCUCCUCGAGUGACAAUACAGAUGGGAACAGUAAUUCUCCCAAAACAGAGGAACAUAUUGAUGUUCAAGAUGAAUCUCAAUCAAAUAAAAAAAUUGAAAAUUCAGAAAACAUUGAAACAAAUGCAACAGAAAUUUCAAAUUCAAAUACUCCAUCAAUUGAAGAAAAGGAACAAACACAUAAGAUAGAAUCUGAAAACUAUUCAAUUUCUGAUGUGCAAUCGGAAUUACCCAAAGUAUCUGUGGUUGUUGAAAAUAAAACUGAAGAAUUAGAAAAAAAAGAAAAUAUUAUUGAGAAAGAAAAAGAGGAAACUGAAAUUGUAGCAACGGAAACAAAUGCAGAGAGUUAGUAGUUUAAUAAAUAAUGUCUAGAAAACCACAACUGUCCAAUUUUGUCUAAAAACAUUUGAUAGAUAUCAUCAAUGAACAAUCUAGAGGCCAACAGAUAGAGCCAGCCAUUGAUUAAUCAGUUGUGUAUCUGUGUUAAUGACUGAUUGUGUAUUCCCCUUUGAAUAAUUUGUGACGAUAUUAGUACCUAAGAUUUUCAUAUAAUUUAAUUUAAAAUUUUGUAUUACUAAACAAAAAUCUUUUUAAUAGUAAAAUUAAUAACUAGUGGUACUAUAAUCUUAUUAAUGAGGUUAUGGUUCCAUUUAUUCUAAUCCUAAUGUUUUACAAUAAAACUUUAAAAGUAAU